AUGACCCAGCUGAGGUACAGCACAGACCAGGGAGUGCCCCGGCAGGUGGGCUUCCUCUAUCAGACUUUGGUGAUUUUGGACAUUCAAUCUCACAGUAGAGUCAUUUCCUAUGUGGGCUGCCUGAUUCUGUUGUCUUUUUUAAAUCUUUUUGGAUCUUCGGCCUGUGUAGUCCUGACUGUCAUGGCCUGUGAUGGGUUUGUAGCUAUUUGUCACCCCCUGCACCAUCCAGCCAUCAUGAGCCCCUGCCUCUGUAGCCUGCUGGUCCUGCUGUCUCUUUCAAUCAGCCUUUUGGACUCCCAGCUGCACUUCCUGGUGGUUUCACAGCUUACCUUCUGCAUGAUUGUGAAAAUUCCUCGAUUCUUCUGUGACCCUCCACAUCUCCUCAAGCAGGGCUGUGAUGACAUCUCCACCGAUAACAUAUUCAUCCAUUUUGUUGAUGCCGUCCUUGGGGGUGUUCCAAUCUCGGGGAUCCUUGACUCUUACUAUAAAAGUGUUUCCUCCAUUCUGAAAAUUCCAUCAACUCGUGGAAUGCCUAAAGCCUUUCCCACCUGUGGCUCUCACCUGUCAGUGGCUUGCUUGUUUUAUAUCACAGACCUUGGGCUGUACCUCAGCUCAAGUGUCUCACAUGCUCCCAGGAAGGGUGCAGAGGCCUCAGUGGUGUACACUGUGGUCGCCCCCAUGCUGAGCCCCUUCAUCUACAGCCUGGGGAACAGGGACAUCAGGAGGGCUGUGCAGAAGCUCCCCCAACAGAAUACACUCAUUUUAAUACUUGGGCCAUUUUUUUUAGUUUGUGGAUUAGAAAAGAUUGUAAAACCAAACAUCUGGAAUUGGCAAACAUGA